AUGUCAAAAUCCAUAGCGGUAUUUGGAGGUAAUGGGUUUCUAGGCCGUAAAAUCUGUGAAAUUGGUGUAUCCAAAGGAUAUAAAGUGACAUCAUUUUCUCGUAUUGGCAAACCCCCAGCAUCAGUCAAAGCUCAGCCAUGGGUUAGUCAGGUAUCUUGGAAUAAAGUAGACAUUUUCCACCAGUUAGACUCAAUUCAAUCACAGUUGGCUGAAUUUGACACUGUGGUUCACUCAAUUGGAAUUUUAUUUGAGGAUCAAUCUUAUAAACAAACAAUGAAUUCAAAGUUGCCUGGUGGUAUGAGUAGUGUAUUCAAUGAUUUGAAAAAAUUGAGUAAUAAUCUUAUGGGGUCGAACCCUAUGCAACGAGAUAAGCAAUGGAUGACUUAUGAAGCUAUUCAGCGUGACUCUGCAGUGGGAUUAGCUGAUGCUUAUGUCAAGGCAAGACAGGCAAGACAAGCAAGACAAAGUGGAGUCGAUGGCAGUAGUAUUGUUGGGAAUUACGUGUAUAUAUCAGCCGAUCAAAACCCACCUAUGGUUCCCAAACGAUACAUUACAACCAAAAGAGAAGCCGAGGCUGCUAUAAGUCGGAAUCCGUAUUUGCGAAGUAUCCUCAUGAGACCAAGUGUGAUGUAUGAUAAUCUGCAGGAUUUAGAAACUACCAAAAGAGAUGUCUUGAUCAAAGGGUUGAAAUUGGGAGUUGAUCUAAAGAGGAAAAUUGUUGGUGAUGCAAUUUUGGGUGAUUUUGUAAGACCCGUUGUGAGUACUACACAGGUUAGUGAGGCGAUUUACAAUAAAUUAGAGGAUCCCCAGUUUCAUGGUAUUGUGCCUGUAGAGCUUAUUGAGAAGGAGCCAAAUUGGUGA